AUGGACGACUCUCCCAAAGACCAAGGAGAUCCCCGCGCUCAGGAACAGCAACGCAUCGAGCGCCGGUACGGAGUGCUACCUGGCAAAGCGCAUCGACUUCACCAACAGUUACAGGGAAGAACGUACUUCGAUUCCGGUGACUUUGCUCUUUCCACAGCGCACAAAGCAUCAAACAUCGGCAUGGUUCAGACAGGGAUGGAACAUCCACUUCGAAGCAACAUAUCUCACCCAUCAUCAGCAGCGCCAGCAUCUAGCAACGUCAACAGCAAUAGUGACAAACAAAACCGAGGUACUGAGCCAUCUACGGUGGUAUCAACACCGAGCCAUCUUCACCAACAAAUGAUGUCCAAGAAAGCGGCUGGCGAAGAAGAACAAGCAAACUUGGUGCAACCGCUAGCUGUCAUGUCGUCGGCUAUUAGAGAUGAGGACAGCCGGAAAAGGCAAUUAUGUGGUUCAGAUGAAAGGAAGUUUUAA